AUGUCUUUAUUACUACAUCUCUCUGCCACAAGUCCGACAGCUGACUGCACCUCCAUCUUCGAGACGUCCGAUCGGCCGGCAAAACAUUUUCGUUCUAUUUAUGACGAUUUCAACCACCUCAAUAACUAUUUCACAGCCGAGGAAGGAUCAUCAGUUAAUCAGAGCUCAAUUGGAGAUGAGGAAGCUGUGGCACUCUCAGAGGCACUCAAGAUUAACACUGCUUUGGCCACUUUGAACUUGAAUUACAAUUUAAUGUGGAGAGAGGGAGCCAUUGCAUUAUUAGAAGCACUGAAAGCUAAUACCGCUUUAAUUGCUUUAAGCAUGGAGGGGAACUCAAUUGGGGAUGUAGGUCCGACAUCAUCGGAUGUACUCGAGACUAACACGGCUUUGGCCUUUUAUAAAUAA